AUAUGAAAGAUUUACACUAAAUUUUGCAUUAUCCCAAAUUCCUACCUUUCAAUGGUGUUUAAAUCCAAAUUGCGAAUCAGGACAAGAUCAUUAUCAAGGAGACAAAGUUCCUAUAAUGACCUGCAAUUCAUGUGAACAGAAAUCCUGUGUUGUGCACGGACGUCCAAUUGUCACUGUGUUAGAAACUCUUCGAAAUGCCGAGAGAGCAUCCGAAUCCUAUGUGGGCCAAUUGAAGCAAU